GCUGCGCCGCGCUCGUGCGUCAGGGCGCAGCAGGACAGGGGGCGGCGGCAGGCAGCAGCACUUCAGGGCUGCAAGUUAGACUGGGAGGUCGUCCCGUCAGGUCGACACAUCGACUCCACCGCAGAGGAUCUGUCCGGACAUGGAGGGCGUCAGUGCGUACGGCGCUGCGCUCGCAGGGAGAGGCUUCGACUUCCAGAAGUUCAUCCGACAACCGCAAACUAUCGUGCGCCUGCUCAGCUGGGUGUUCGCCAUCGUGGUGUUUGGCUGCAUCACCUCAGAAGGGUACAUCAAUCCGCCCUACAGCAAGCAGGUGAAGUGCAUCUUCAACCAGAACGACUCGGCCUGUCAGUACGCCGUCACCAUCGGCGUGCUGGGCUUCCUGGCCUGCGUCGCCUUCCUGCUCCUGGACGUUUAUGUGCCGUUUAUGAGCAACGCGCAAGAGAGGAAGUAUGCUGUGAUCGCUGAUCUGGGAUUCUCAGGGGCGUGGACCUUCCUGUGGUUUGUGUGUUUCUGCCUGUUGGCCAAUCAGUGGAGUUUCACUCAGGAUAUCAGUGGCAUUCCCGAAGACGCCGCACGCGCCACCAUCGCCUUCUCCUUCUUCUCCAUCGCCACCUGGGGAAUCUUAACCUACUUCGCUCUGGGUCGUUUCCGCCGUGGAGUCAACGACGUGAGCAUCCCCGCCUACACGGAGCCCCCGCCCGCGCCGGACCACCACACCCCCUACCCCCCCACCUACACCCCCACCUCCUACAACCCCACCACCUACACCCCCACCACCUACACGGCGUACCCCGGCGAACCGGCCACCGACGUGAGCCAGCAGCCCCCCUACGACCCCGGCCUCCAGCCGCCGCAGGGCGACUACCAGCCCCCCAAGUACUGAGGUGGUGGUGGUGGUGGGGGGCGGGGCCGUCUGCCGCCAGGCCGACUGACUGCACGGACGCGGAGCUAUAUCAUAUUGAUGUGGUUCUCCAGCCGCUUUCACGUGUGGAGGAUCUGAGCGGCGCGACUCGCAGCGGCGCCGCGUUUACGUCAGAUCUGAAGACAUCGGCCGGCCGCGGAGAUUACAGCUGAUGGUUGGGCAAUCCCACCUUGGACCUGCGUGCAAAGAUGCAACUUUUACCUCAAACGUGCUGCGUGGGGGGGGUCAGAGGUCAGAGGUAGGAUGUAUCGGUUAUACAACGACAGGAUGAGGAGUGCUUAUGACAGCACCGUUUUUUGUUAGUUUUUUUUUUUGUUGUUGUUUUUUUCGGUGGGGUGAGAACUAAAUAUGUGCAUCUGCACAUAACAAUCCUCGAUGCAAAACUGCCAUUUUAAUGGUCGUCUGUGCCUGAUUGUAUUUUCUUAUUUGGUUCCGUGGAUUUUUCUCAUUUCACCUGAUUUCAUGUUGAAGACGUAUUAACAGCUUUGGUUGGAAUAAGUUGAUCUGUAAUUUGAGUCGACUUCUAUGACUUUCAAGCCAAAUGUCCUUUUUUUUCUAAAUUUAUUUGCCAUAAAUGAAUAAAAUCAACUCUGAGAAGUGCUUUUUGGACAACUACGCUGAUUCUGUUUGCCAUAAUAAUUAUUUAAAAUGAAUGCGGUGCAUUUUUUCCCCUCAGAAAACUUGAGAUUAUAAAUGAUCGACGUGUGGCUGAAAGCAGAAUCACUCACUGGACCUCCGGAGUCACCUUUGCCCUUUCAACUUGCUCCUCAGAUAGCAGCCAGGGAGUGACAUUCAGAUAACUGCACACUUACAGAACAGGUUUAUCCUGAGCACGGCCUCGUACUCACAAGUCACUCAUUAACUACCAGCAACACUCGCGUUUCUCUUAUUUACAGGCAGCGACACACAGUUUAGCUCCUGUAAACGUGAGAAUCACCCCCCCGUUGUUGGUUUUAUUCUGCCGCUUUGUGUCUGAUCUCAGUACGUUUGUCGGUUUAACACCUCGGCUGUUUUGUGCGGAUCCGGCGGCUCUGGAAACUUGGCCCGGGGAUUAGCUUUGGCUCAUUGUUCCAAGCUUGUGUGAGCCGGCUUCAGAGCUGCACUCUCGUCGUGUUACGACACCUGUUGUUGAGAAUAUCUGUCACUGCCUCUUUACUGAAACCAAUUCAUAAAAAAAAUGAUUUUCUGCUCAAUCAUGUCUCUCUAAACUCUGGAGGGGUGAAAUUUGUAUGACAAAAAGUUGCCACAAAGCUAAAUUGAAUGAUUAUUGAUUUUUGAUACUGCAGUAAAAGUUGCCUGGAUUAUUUGCUUUUUUGCCCCCGUCUUUAAUGUGCUUUUCUUCGAGGUACAUGUUGGAAUUUAUGAUGCCACAUUAAAUAUUUUAUAAAAACGUU